AUGCCUGACCUUACUGACCUCCCUGUCGAGCUCAUCGACGAAAUUUUUUAUUUUGCUUUUACAUCGAAAGACGUUUACAACGAGGACCUCGUCGACAUCAAUGGCCUCAGCCGUCUCCUCCUCGUCAACCGCAAACACCAUCAGGUGUUUCUCCCCCGCGUCUACUCAAGCUGGACUUAUAAUGGCACACGGCAUUCUUACAGCUCCCUCUGGAAGUUCCUGCGCACGGUAGUUACAAACCCAGACCUUGCAGCCACGGUGCAAGUGUUGGCUAUCGGCAACUGGGGAGCUUGCCCUCCAUUCUAUAUCGAGAGAAAUCGCGAGCUCCAGGAUGGAGAUGAGCAGUUUCAAUUUACAUCCCAUGAUAAGGAAGUCGUCAGAUCAGCCAUCCAGCAUGCUGGACUGUCGAGCGAGCUUGGAUCUCUGUUUAUGGAUGCCAUAUUUACUAAGUGCAAUGGCUAUCGAGACAAGCGGCCUUUGAUAGCGCUGACCCUAACCAACCUACCAAAUUUAUCGACGGUAUAUGCGUGUGUACCAGGCCGGCUAUCCAGCUUCAAAGAGCUGCACCUUUUUGGUGAAGUUCCUGCAUUUUCCGAGGAAGGCCCUGAUAUUGAUAAAGAGGAUAUAAAACAACCUCCGCUGAGACUGAAUGAGAUAUGGCCUGUCUUCUAUCUCCACGGUCUGCGCACGCUUUAUUUAUACAACUUCGACCCGGACGGCUUCGGUUCCUUAUUUGAGGAGAAAAUCAAGGAUACCCUGAAGAGCCUUACCUUCUCCUGGGACAAAGACAGAAGCAAGACCAAGGAGAAGAUAAACGGUAAAAAGCGCACUAUCUCUCAUAUAUCCAACCGUGAAGUCUGGACUGCCAUUCAGAAGUAUAAAGACACGUUGGAAUAUCUGGAUGUCCUACAUGAGUUCCGGCCAGGUUCACGUACAGCAAAAUACCGAUUCAGCGACCAUUUUGGCCCCCUAUCCCACUUCACGAAGCUGCGAUAUCUUUCGAUAUUGACCGAGAUGCUCAUCGGCGGCUAUGCGGAGACCCCAACUACGGUCCAACUGAAGGACACCCUUCCGGCCAGCAUUGAAUCCCUUGUUCUCCCGACCCAGGAGUGUCCCAAGACAACCCCCAGUAUCGCAAUCCAGCUCGAGGAGGUCGCUUCACAGCUCCCUCGAUGUUUUCGCAACAGAAUCAGAUUCGGUAUGCAAGGGCGGCUGUGCAAUUCUAGAAUUGUUCGCGAUCACUGUCCGUUUCCUCUGGGUGCACGGUGCAAGUCCAAAAAUCGAUGGCGAAAAGAGUAUAAUAUGCGAGGAGACGGUGCGUCAAGAUACGCAAUGGCAGGUACCCGGGCUGUGCGCAAGAGAGAAGGGCGUCGAGAAACUCCCUCUCCUCCACCACCACAGUUCGCCGGAUACUCACUCAUAACCCACGUUGUACCGUUUCAAGAUCACGCCGGAACCCCUUCCUUCAUGGUCUUCCAGAGCCACGAAGAGCACCCACUCCCACCUCUCAUGAACUUCAAUUUCUACUUUACCCACCCCGAGGGCCCGCUACCUGACUCUGAGGAACUUGGAAUUAACCUUAUAUCCAUGCACGACCACAUUUUGCCCCAGGGGCCGGAGCCAUUCCACUUUCGCCUGGAUGUCUACUUCCUGCCGGGCGCCAGCACACAGGAUUGUAUGGUCCACUACGGAGCUGAGAAAGCCACUCGCGAUGCCAGUGCACCUCCACCGACCACUCCCCGGAUGCCCGGCAUGGUCGACGUAUACAGCCCCAUGGCGGGUGAAUAUCACCCCGGGCUGUUGUUCGUGCAUCCUGGUCGCAGCUGGGGCGAGGAGUGGCAGCGCAUCUGUCGUAUAUACUUCACGCCGGGACAGCUGGACUCGUUUCACGAAAAGUGGUAUGAGGUCGAAGAGGUUGAGGAGCACCGCCAGUCGCUGGGUAUGGAGAUGUGGGAGCAUUCAUGGCGCUCCGACCACCCUGAUAAUGUGCAUGCGCGGGCUACACGGCGGGGGUGGACGACUUGGUAG